CCAACCCAACUCACCCAAGAUGUUCAAGUUCGUCGUAUUCCUGGCUGUGGCCGUCGCCUGCGUCUUCGCGGCACCAAAACCCGGUUACUUGGCCGCUGCCCCGUUGGUAGCUGCCGCACCGGCCGUCGCCGUGGCCCACAACGUGCCCCUGGCUACCAGCUACUCCAACACCGUCCAGAUCUCGCACAAGAGCCCCAUCGUCUACGCCGCCCAUCAUACCCCCCUGGCUUACGCUGCCCAUCCUGCCCCCCUGGCUUACGCCGCCCACCCUGCCCCCUUGGCCUACGCGGCAGCUCCAGUUUGGUAAACGACGAGUGUACACGUCGAGCUCAACAUUGUAUAAUAUUGUAUAAAAAUGUUUUUCAACGAGACAUCCGCUGUUUGUACACGCAUUGUCAUUCAUCAUGAUUUGAACACCAGACAAUAAACUUAUUUUUAUAAC